AUGGCCAGCACUAGGAGAAACCUGAGAAUCGCCCCUGGUGAUGCGAUCGUCCUGGUGACUGGCGCCAAUGGGUAUAUUGGCUCGACUGUGGCGGAGGUCCUCUUAGAAGAAGGCUACAAUGUGCGAGGGACUGUUCGUAGCGCAAAGCCUUGGUUGGACAAGUUGUUUACAGAUAAAUAUGGUUCUGGGAGGUUCGAGAGUGUGGUCGUGUCAGACUUGGGAAAUCAGGCAGGGUUUGAAAGGGCUCUACAGGGCACUUGUGGCGUCGUCCAUGUUGCAUCGGACCUGACUCUGGACCCUGAUCCGGAAAAGGUCAUUAACGGAACUAUCCAGCAUACUCUGGCAGCAGUCAGAGCGGCGACCAAUGUUCCCAGCAUCAAAAGCUUCGUCUUGACCUCUUCGUCCACAGCCUCGAUCAUGCCUAUUCCCGAAAAGGAAGGUAUAUACAUUGACGAAAAUACAUGGAACGAUGCCUCUGUGGCAGCCGCAUGGGACGAGAAUACUUCAAAGGAAGACUUGCCCUACAACGUCUACGCAGCCUCGAAGACUGAAGGCGAGCGCGCCUUGUGGAAAUUUGUAAAUGAAAACAAUCCUCCUUUUGCCGUCAACACAGUCCUUCCAGCAGCAAAUUAUGGAACCAUUCUCGCACCCGAAAUCUCCGGGAGCACAAUGGGCUGGGCUCGGCAGCUUUUAAGCGGCAACUCCAACGUCUUCACCUUCACUCCUCCCCAAUGGUUUGUCAAUGUCAAAGACUGCGCAAGGCUUCAUGUGGCCGCCUUACUGGACCGCAAUGUCAACCACCAACGAAUCUUCGCCUUUGCCGAGCCGGUCAACUGGACCGACGUCGUGACUAUUCUACGCAACGCUCGUCCUGACAACAAGCGGAUCCCAGAUCCUCCUGCCAACGAAGGCAGAGACCUCUCUCAGAUUGGACCAAGAAACAAGGCGGAGGAUCUGCUCAAGUCGUUCUAUGGCAGUGCCGGCUGGAGAUCCUUGCGAGAUAGUAUAGUCGAUGGGAUAUCAGAUCUCUAA